UUUGGCAUUUCAAAGUAACUUUUCCUCAAACAUUCUCCACAGUCCCCCCCACUCACACAAAGAGACACAACAACAAACACUCACCAGAUCUACAUAUCACAACUUCAUUUCAUUUCUAGAGAGAGAGAGAGAAAGAGGAGGCCUUACGUAUUCAACGCGCGUGCCGAUGGAUGAGAAGUUGAUACAGCGAUUGGAGUCCGCCGUGUCGCGGCUGGAAGCGCUGUCAAUCGGUGGCGGAGUUUCUCUUGGAGAUGGCGAAGUUGCGGCGGCUUUAGAUCCAUCCAUUAUUGCCUUUGAUGAUCUGAGGUCACAGUUCGUCGGGAGAGUUCGCACUGCUGCAGAGAAGAUUGGUGGACAAGUUUUGGAUGUCACUAAGAUUGUUGAGGAGGCUUUUGAAGCUCAGAGAGAACUUCUUAUCAAAAUCAAGGAAACUCAGAAACCUAGCAUGUCUGGUUUGGCUGAAUUUCUUAAGCCUCUGAAUGACGUGAUUGUGAAAGCUACAAAAAUGACAGAAGGACGGCGAUCUGAUAUCUUCAACCACUUGAAGGCUGCUGUUGAUAGUCUAACAGCGCUGGCAUGGAUCGCUUACACUGGAAAAGAUUGUGGUAUGAGUAUGCCUAUUGCACACGUGGAAGAAAGUUGGCAGAUGGCAGAGUUUUACAAUAACAAGGUCCUUGUGGAGUUCAGAAACAAAGACCCAAAUCAUGUUGAAUGGGCAAAAGCUUUGAAAGAGAUUUAUCUCCCUGGCUUGCGGGAUUACGUUAAGAGUCACUACCCAUUGGGCCCUGUGUGGAGUGCUACAGGGAAAGUUGCUGUAUCUGCACCACCAAAGGCUCCCGCACCAAGUCGUCCCAUGCCGCCUCCUCCACCAGCUUCUCUAUUCAGCUCUGAAUCUCCCCAGGCUUCAUCAUCACGCCCGAAGAAAGGGAUGUCAGCUGUUUUUGAUGAAAUUAAUUCGGGGAAGCCAGUGACUGGUGGAUUGAGAAAGGUGACAGAUGAUAUGAAGACAAAGAACCGUGCAGAUAGAACCGGUGUCAUUAGUGCAGGAGGAAAGGAAGGUCGCGUUAGCUCACCCUCUUUCUCUAAAGCUGGACCUCCGAAACUGGAGCUUCAGAUGGGUCGUAAAUGGGUGGUUGAGAAUCAAAUAGGAAGAAAGAAUCUAGUCAUUGAUGAUUGUGAUGCAAAGCAAUCUGUCUAUAUUUUUGGAUGCAAAGAUUCAGUACUGCAGAUCCAAGGGAAAGUCAACAACAUAACAAUUGAUAAGUGCAAUAAAAUGGGAGUCGUAUUCUCGGAUGUUGUGGCAGCUUGUGAGGUUGUCAACUGCAAUGGUGUGGAGGUUCAAUGUCAGGGUUCAGCGCCGACAAUUUCAGUCGAUAAUACAACUGGAUGUCAAUUAUACUUGAGCAAAGAUUCUUUAAAGACUUCCAUUACAACAGCUAAGUCAAGUGAAAUUAAUGUUUUGGUUCCUGGUGCAGGGCCUGAUAGUGAUUGGGGUGAACACGCUUUGCCGCAGCAGUUUGCUCAUGUAUAUAAGAAUGGCCAAUUUGUGACUACACCUGUCUCCCAUUCAGGAGGUUAACUGGUGGCAAUUUCCACCUGCAAUUGCUUAUAUGCUUUUCUUAUUAUUUACCAAUUUGAUUUUUCCAGAAGAGUUUAAAGGGUGGUUGAUUGUUUUAUUUUGUUGAGUGUAAGUUAUGUUCUGAUCAUUGUAUCUUUUACCUUUUGUCCGCAUCCCGUGCUGGCUGUUUUUUAUUUUUCCAAAAUGAGCGACUGUGAGUUUUUUGGUGGUCACACGUCUGUUUAUUUUUUUAAUUUUACUUUUGUAUUAAUAGCUUGAUUUUUGUAAGGUAUUAAUUUUCUUGGCAGAUAUUCCUUUUAGAUGUUUUAAAUAGUGAAGUGGUCCAGCGUUGUUUAGAUAAACACUAGCAAGAUAUGAAGGGAAAAAAAUUGUUAUUGUCAA